AUGGAAAAAAGUAAAGAGACAAUUGACAUACAACAGGAAGACAAGUUGCAACAAUCUGAUGCUCAAUCGGAAACCCAGCAACAACGCUCAAUUUCAGUUGAACCAAAAGUCAAAUAUCUCGUUAUUGAUACCAAUGCUAUUAUUAACGGCAUGUCACUGCGAAACUUAGCAGAAGAGUUUUACACCAUUCCAGAGGUUUUACAGGAAGUUCGAGAUGCACGUACCAGAGAGUUUUUGUCUCGUUUGCCUUUUGAGAUCAAACUCAUGAACCCUUCUGAAGAAUCAAUGAAAGCAAUGGUGGAGUUCUCAAAGAAGACUGGUGACUUUGGGGUUCUUUCCCAACCGGAUUUGAAGGUUCUUGCUCUCACGCACACUUUAGAAAAGAGAGAGAAUGGUGACGUUAAUAUUCGUACCGAACCUUUGAAGACUAGACCGACUGGAGCACUACCAUCUGCACCACCACCUAGAUCAUACAUCAGGAAACCAGCUGUAGAGAAGCAAUUUGAUGAGGAUGGCUGGGAAAUUGCAACUAAACCUAAGAGAGCAGCUGCUAAAAACAGAUCUAACCAAAAGAAUUCAAAUAGCAGCAUAAAGCUACAAUCUGCUGCUGAAGAUGGAUUGGAUAAUAAUUCAGAAGAGAAGGAAUGCGAAGAACCUAUUACAUCUCGCUCUACUGCUUCUGAGGGAAACACAGAAAUUAACGAUGGGCAGUCAAAUAUAAAUGAAGCAGAAAAGGAUGAAAUUAGUGUAGAAGAAAUCAAUAAGCGAUUAAGUAAUACACAACUUACGGAAAAUACUACAACUGCAGGAGCGCCGGCGGCUGAUGAUGAGGAUGAAGACUCAGAUGGUGGAGAGUGGAUUACACCAGAUAACGUAGAUGAAUUUAAAGCAGCUGAAAUAGGCGUCACUGCUGAUGAAUUGAAGAAGAAUGAAAAGAUAACUGUCGGAUGUAUGACGGCAGAUUUUGCUAUGCAGAAUGUUUUGUUACAAAUGAACCUUAACUUGGUGUCUGCUGGUGGAUAUCGUGUCAAAACAAUCAGAAAUUCAGUGAUGAGAUGCCAUGCUUGCUUCUUUGUAUGUAAUGACUUGGAAAGAAAAUUCUGUCCUAAAUGUGGCAAUGCUACACUCCAACGUGUUACCUGCAGUACAAAUAGCAAAGGCGAAAUUCAAUAUCAUUUAAAAAAGAAUUUCCAGUAUAGACUACGCGGUACGCGUUAUGAUAUACCUUUACCAAAAGGUGGUAGACAGCAUAACAAUAUUGUUUUAAGAGAGGAUCAACGUGAAUAUAUCAAAGCGACACAAAGAAAGCAGAAGAAGCAAGUGGUUGAUAUGUUUGAUCCAGAUUUUAUACCUUUAUACGGUAAAACUAAUACUAAAGAGAUUACAAAUAAUAUGUUCGGUACAGACACCGUUGGGUUUGGACGUAAAAAUCCAAAUGCAUCAAAGAAAAGAAUUGGGAAAAAGAAGAGAACACACAAUUUUUAG